AUGAUAGGGUCAGGCGAUCCUGGCUCCUGCGAAGACGGUGAUUUAGGGGUUUUGAGUGAGCCGUUUUCCGAAUCCGAUCCUAAUUCUUUGAGCUUGUCAAGCCCUCGCUUGCGUUAUCUAGCAGCUCCGGAUUUCGUCGCUCGUGAGACUAAUUACCCUCGUCAGCACUCCAGACAAUGUGUCGACGCUGCGGAAGUUGCUGCAAGUAGUUCGUCUGUUAAUUUUUUGACAUCCGGAUUUUCUUUGUUUGUUACUCAAUUCCGUAUGGAUCCAGGCGGUGACCUCCCUCGAAAAGAUCCUCAAGAGGCUAAACGUCAUCGAAUCGAAUGCAAUAAAAUCAUGCAAAUCAUAUCCAAAAGGCACCAGGAGAAGAUCUCGCAAAUUCUGGCCCAACAAGAGAAACGUCACACAAAUGAGUCAAGAAUUGGCGAUCGUGUCAACUACUGGCGUAACGAGGUAAUUCCACACUGGGACACCUUGGAACGGGCCAAUCAGCCCCUUGAUGACUGGUGGCUUGGCAUACCCUCCCCUGUGCGAAGUCAGGUGUGGCAGCUGAUAAUUGGAAAUCCGCUGGGCAUUACUAGGGACCUCUUUGAAAGUUGCCUCACCCACAGUCGUUACACUAUACGGCGUCUGGAGAGUGCGCGUCGCCUCGCCGACGCCUUGAAUCGCACUUCUCAGGAAGAUAGUGAAUUUACCGGUCAGCCAACUACCUCAGCUGGAGCAGGACGUUCCGAGCGCCUUUAUUCCUUGCCUAAUGGUGGGAGCCAGGCUGACGUAUAUCCCUUGUCCGAAUCGCGUCUCCUGCGUCAGAUCAGCGGUGCGGAAUCUGAAGCAGAAACUUCCAUCACUUCCAGAAGGAUCUUAGUUACACCUCCGGAUCCCCUUACACCAUCGCCUUCUCCCACCAUUUUGGGUGAUCUCUCUUCAAAUGAGGAGGCCUCACUACAGGUCAUUAGGCUGGAUGUCUCACGAACUUUCCCGAUGCUUGGGGUCUUUCAAUCCGAUGGGCUGCACAACCGCAAUUUGCAUGACCUUCUAGCAGCUUUUGUAGCCUACCAGCCCACUUUGGGAUACCUUCAAGGCAUGUCAUUCAUUGCGGGUAUCCUUCUCCUGGUCAUGGACGACAUCUACCCCGCUUUUGUCGCUUUUGCCACCCUCAUGAACCGACCCAGCUUUUACGCCUUCUACAGCCUCGACGAAUCGGAGUUCGCAGCAUACUUUGGAGCAUUCGAUGCGCUGUUGGAGGACCGAAUGCCGCGUCUUUUUGCCCACCUCAAGAGCUGCCGAUUGGACUGCAGGCUCUAUCUCUUUGACUGGCUCUUCACAAUCUUUAGUCGAAGUCUACCCCUGGAUGUGGAUUUACGUAUUUGGGACCUCUUUCUACGUGACGGCGAGGCCGCUCUUCUACUAUCAGCUCUGGGUAUCCUACGAAUGUAUGAGAAAUACCUCCUUCUAUGGGAUUUUGACCAUCUUGCCUCCUUUCUCACUGGUCCCAUGCCCGAGUCCAUGUCGCCAGAUGAUUUAAUUGCCUGUAUGCGUUCACUUGAUCUCACCACAGCGGAUAUCAAAGGUGCCCUCAAAAAGGCAAGAAAUUCUGUUACAAAUAGCGCUGGCAGCAUCUGUACUGCCUCUUACAGCGAUCAUGAUUUGGAAACACUCUCGGAGGCGCCGCAAGAGCAGUCGGAGGGUCAGUGGACGAGGAGGGGUCUCCUUGGCAUUCGUAAUCGAAUCAUGAAGCUUCAGAACGGCAACAACACUAAGGAUCAUGAUGUGACAUCGGCGAUGGCCACUUCGAAAUUCUCCGCUUUCCGACGAAAGACCUUUGCUUCCUCCACUACUUCUACAUUUAGUGCAUGGAACCGGGAGGUCUGUCUCGACUAUCCAAGACGCGAAAUUUCUGUCACGAUGUUGGAGUUCCGACUGCUCUUAUUUUUAAUCUGUUUGACCGCAACGACAGCGGUUACAUCAUCGCAGGAGUCAAUUGAGCUAACCUGUUUCGAUCCUGAGUGCUCCACGCCUUACCUUAUUGGAGAAGUUAUCACUGAUCUUCCUGAGCGCUCUCUCUCCAAAGGCACCGCCAUCGAAAUAUACGGCCAGUCCGCAUCAGAAGAAACUUAUCUCAUCAAGCUUGGUGAGCAUUUCUACCACGUUCAUGCUAGUUUUCUGCGCAUCAUCGCGAAGCAACAUGAGCCGCGGUCUAUGGUUCGAGUGAAGCUGCCUCGUCUUGAGCCUUCUGCUAUUCAUCCGGCUGGAGGUAAUGGAAAAUCAGGGGACUUUUCGACUCUCUCCACUAACAAUGAUUUACCAUCAUUCUCCCAAGAGGAAACACUUUCAUCACAACAGAACGCACUACCUCCAUUUUCUGAAAACGUGACCUCUGAUUAUCGGUCUCUAAAACAACAGCAGCAUCGACAAGAACACGUACGGAAUACUUCUAUGCCACACCCAAGUGAAGGUGCGAGUUCUCACACUUCGGAGCACUUCUCAACUGUCAAAGAAUCAGGGAGCUCUCCACUUUAUUCCUCGGAAUCGGCUGUAUCCGAACCUGAAUCAGGAGACGAAACAGCAUCUAUCCAUAUAGGAAAAAGCCAGCUGGAGAAAUCGUACCUAUCUUCGGAGAACAUGGCUCAUGAUGGUCGGCUUCUGCAGCAGCAGCAACAACAACAACAACAACAGGAAUCUCAGGAAAAGUCAAUCCUAAAAGAUUCAGAGGCAUCUGGAUUUUUGGAGGAAACACCGGGCACUUCCCAGUCAGUUAAACAGCGGGAAGGUGUUUCUUUGUCCACGUUACAUGCAAAAGAGAAUGCGAAUACGGGUCCUUUGGAAAGCUAUUCAGGUUUGGGGAAAUCUCUAAAUGUUGAAGAUAUCGAAUCUCUCCCGUCUCCCGAAGCGAAGUUGAUAGAAUCGAAAUUGGAAGCUAAAAUAUUGCCUCUUUCUGAGGUUGAACAAAGUCUAGAGCAAUCUGAGCCUAAGCCACAAGUCGCUGAAGGAGUAGGGAUGCAAAUCUCCGACUCCCAAUCACGUGGAUCUAUACCCAAAGGAAAAAACGUUGUAGGUGCGAAAGCUUCGCUUGAUCCGCAAUUUGUUCGGAACCAGGAUUUCGAAAUUGGGCAUCCCUCACUGCAAAACACUCAAACAUCAGAACCACGUUUAAAGACUGCUCCCGAUCAAGAGUUUUACCGUGAGAAAUCGAAACUUUCCGUUCCACUUAAGGAGAAUGAAGUUAGUCAUUCUGACCAGGUGUCUUUUGAGGAGUUGGCUAGCCAUCAAGAAAGACCAGUCCAAAAAACUGAAUUUGUGUCAAAAAGUACUGAGGAAAUGGUCCCUCCAGAAUCAGUAAUUAAAGUGGCUUUGUCGGAUGAAAGUGAUCUCGGGGACGCGAAGGAGUCUGAUGAAGGUUCUUCGUACACCUUUGCAGAAUAUCAUUUCCCAGGACCUAGUGUAGUAGAUUCAGAAAGUAGCGACAAUUCACCACUGCGUCCUCUGAUGGACAUUGCGACUGAGUCCACUUUUUUCUACUGUCUCCUAUAUGCCUCCAAUGGCUCAUUUAUGUCUAAUGUGAGCUCAUUCCCUCACAUUGGUGAAAAAUCUAUCAUGGCUGGUAUGGUUCUAUAUUUUGCCCGACGUUAUUUCAACAUUUCCCAGAUCCUCUUGCUUAAACUUCCUUCUGCACUCGUGUCCUUUCUCGACCGUUUCCUCACUUUCACUUUCCACUUACCUCUUGUUUUUUUCAUCGCUUGGCUUUUGUUCAUAUUUUCUGUUCUAACUACCUGGCUAGUAUUAAAACUGUUCAAUCGGCUUUUAUUCUUCGGCCUCUCUCCUUCUCAACCUGAUGAUCCUACGAGACGCUCUCUAUCUGAGUGGCUAGCUGUGGAAGAGAAUGCUAAUCUCUUGGCAGGUAGUCUAGCAGACAAAGAGGAGGCUUAUGCACGUCUUAUCGUUUGGUCAACGAAAGUUAGCGAGCGCUACGAGCACCAGGCUCGCAAUUAUUCCGCCUUGGAGACGCGCAUCCACAACCAACUGCGGGAUAUGAAGACCUCCUUGGCGGAUAGUUUGCAGGAGAACAAGGAACUAAGAGUCACUCAUGAUGCGUUGGUGGAGCAGUUGUCUACUGUGAAAACGGAGGCCGCUGUCACUGCCACGCGGUUGAGGGAGGAGAUAGCUGAACUUAACGGUCGAUUGGAAGAAUGUACUCACCAGUGUUCGGAGAGAAUUGCAAAGGAGAAGGGGCUCCUAAUUUGUGAAAUUAGUAGUCACCAGUCACGAGCGGAAAACGCCGAAAGGAUGGUAAACGAACUGAAAGAGGCGAAUCAUCGAUUUGAGGAGGAUCUUGCCGCUCGGGAUCGGGAGCUCUCGAGUUUACGAGAAGCCUUUAUUGAGCUAAAGAGUGAGGAAUUGAAGAAGCAAAGGAGAGAGCAGGCAAGGGCCGAAAAAAAAUCUGCUGCAGCAGCCAAGAAAAAAAAAGAGGUUGGGAACUCUACUGAUGGCUGGGAGGUAGAGGAUGAAUUUGAACUGGACGAGAUUAUCGAGGAAAUUGAAGGCGUUUCAGAACAAAUGAGCGAAGCCGAUGUAGGCGAACUUCAGGCCUCGCUGAGCAGAUUCUUGGAAGUAGGACGUCUCAGGGUGGCGUUGGAGGAUUCUGAAAAGCAGGCACGUGCAGAACUCGCUGCGCGUAAAGAGGAGACGGAGUUGCGCACUCAACUGCAAGAGGCAAUGGAGGUGCUCAAGUCGGAGAACGCCGAUCUCCUACAAAGGUUGCAUGUAGCUACAGAGGAUUGUGACGCCUCAAAGAAGAAGUUGGAUAUUCUUUCGGAGUAUUUCAAAGAACGGGAGGCAGUGCUUCAGCGGGACUUGGGUCGACAAGCACUUAGUGAGUCAGAAUCGAUGGAGGAGCUGAAAUUUUUGCGAAGCAAACAGGAAUCCUAUGAAGUGGAAAUAAAAACUCUUCGAGAUCAACUGGCUUCAGCUCGACGUGAGAUAGCCGAGUCGGAGCGAGUAAAUCGACGCCAUAUCAGUGAAAUGGACAAGCGUCUGCAUGAAAACUAUUUGUCUGCAAGAGCUCUGGAGAACGUUGUAAAAGAUUUGCGUAGUGAGAAUAGUAUGCUGAGGCAGAAGAUGUUCACUGGUGAACGGGCUGCUCUAAAUAAACUUCUUUCGGGUAUUCCACCUCCACCCCCACCACCGCCCCCAGUAGUGGCCUUGGCAUCGACCAAAUUACCAGAAAUGAGGUCCACCUCACGACAGUCGGAAAAGAGUGUUGGAUCACGUCCACAAAUGUACCCGCCACCACCUUUCCUUCCAUUUCCGCAAAUCCCACUGACUGGUCCUGGUGGGUCACAGUUUAUUCCUCCGAUCCCACCUCCACCGCCGCCCCCACCUCCGCCGGGUUCAUUACUUUCCCAGCGUCAGCAACUUGAAGUCAAUAGGCAGAGUCCCCUAGUGGCAGUUCCGACGUCAACAUCGUGGGAUUCUGCCCAAUCUCCACCAAAGUCUACUUCCAACACCUCGGGUAGCAAUCGAUAUGCCAAACAGAAGCCGCAGCAACAGCGGUAG